AUGACCGCACAGCGCUUAACUCACGACGACAGCGGACGUCUCAUUCCGAUCUGCUGUGCUGCAGACGUCAGCGCCGAAGUCAAAGAUCGUCUGCUACAACGAGCACAAGAUUACGGAAACGGAAACGCCAUGCAAAUCUUCCUAGUCUUUGUCGAUAGCUUAACAAUACAGUACAAUGAGCAAUCCGAGCACGGUCACAACACUUCUAGUGACCCAGCUUCACCCUUCAAGGACAAGACGUCCCAGGAAUGUGCAGCUCUAUUGCAGGAGCUGCGGCGCAAUGGCGCGGACAUUGACUUCGAGCUAUUCGCCAUCAUCGACAAGAGAUCUCUCCAGGACGAGACGGCGCUAAUCGUAGAUGCGCAAUUGGACGGCGAAGAGUUCUAUGAUUUUGGCACGCUACGAGUCCCUUUCGAGCUCACAUAUGGCCGACUGGCGAGCUAUUCGGUGGGAGAUGCCUCGGGUUCGGUGGACAGCGUGGCGUCGCUGACGAUGCCGAAUGGUGUAUUUCGUGAGCGGUGA